AUGCUACAAAGAGUAGUGCGAUAUUCCGCUCAACCAUUCAAUCUUCCAACUCGCACGACACCACCCUUACUUUCGCCAAUCCAAUUAAUACCCACUUCUCCAUCUUUCCCAAUCCUCAAACAGCAAUGCAGAUUAUCACGUCGAGAGCUCACAAUCUUCAGCAACUCUUGCUUGCUACUUCUCUUGGGUACUCAGGCAGUGGAUGGAUCCAGCGCAAGAGCAAAGGCAGACGUUGCAAACACAAACAACAGUGACCAACCACAAGAGAAUGUGGUUUUAGCAGAAGAUGUAGCUAACACAAGCAGCAGUGCUCAACCAGAAGGGAAUCUGGUUUUAACAGAAGAUGUUGCUAUCACUAGUAACAGUGACCAACAAGAAGAAAAUUUGAAUUUAGCAGAAGAAAAUGUAACUAACACAAGUAACAGUUAUCAACCCGAAGAGAAUAUGACAACCACUUCCAGCUGCACUGAAAGAAAAAUUACCAAACAAGUAUUCUUAGACAUAUCUAUUGAUGCUGAACCUGCUGGUCGCAUUACAAUAGGGCUUUAUGGAGAUGAGGUCCCUUCAGGAGUUGAUAGGUUCAGUAAGGUUGUAAGUGGAGCUGCUGGUAUUAGCUACAGAAGAAAAGAGUUUGUCAAAAUCAUGCCCAAUUAUGUUCAACAUGGUGGCCUUAGAUCCUAUGGCGUGGAUGCUGAAUUUGCUAUGAGGACAGGUAGCAACUUGGGAGCUAAUAGCCUGGUUCAAGAAUGGGAGAGGGAGUAUGAGAGAUGUCCUGGGACUAAGAACGUGGCCGGAAGUGUAGGCAUUAUUGUGAGAAACCCAUCAAAACCACCCCCGAAGAUGAAGCUGGUUGCAAAACAAGGGAAGCUUCAGAUUGAUCAAGAAGAAGUAGGUAUUGAUCCCAAUGGUACAGAAUUUGUCAUAGCUACAAAGGAUUCACCAGAAUUGGAUUCAUCGUCUCUGGUAAUUGGAAGAGUAAUUGGAGGCAUGGAGGUCGUGCAAAGGAUAGGUCAGGUUAAAACUGUACAAGAGAAUACAGGAUCUCCAUAUUUUAGGGUGGCAAAGCUUAUAGGAGACAAGAGAGCUGUUGUAGCAGAAAGAGGAUUCAAUCGCCCUUAUUCGAAGGUCGUGGUUACAAACUGUGGUUUAAUGCAGUAA